AUGGUUGGAGAGAAAUCAUCAACACUCAUCGUGUUGGUAGCGACCUGUAUCAGAUUGAUUUUCUUAUCAACGACUGGAUAUCGUAGUACCGACUUUGAAGUUCAUCGAAAUUGGUUGGCUAUUACGUCUUCGACACCGCUCUCCACAUGGUAUACAGAGAAAACUUCAAUUUGGACGCUCGAUUAUCCUCCAUUCUUUGCGUAUUUCGAAUAUUGGAUUUCUUUAUUCGCAAAGCAUCCAAUCGGGACUUUCCUUUCUUUCAAUGAUCCGUUGAUGCUUCGGGUGGAUUCUCUUGAUUACGCCCCGCAGCACGUCAUUUUAUUUCAAAGACUUUCCGUCGUCAUCGUUGAUCUCGCAGUUCUGAUUCCCGGUUGUAUUUCAUUGACAAACUCAAUAAAAUGUCUCCUAGACACAAAUGCCCUAUCGUCCCUAUCAUCUUCCGUCGCCCCAUCGUUGUUUACAAUUUCAAAUAUUGGAUUAUUGAUAGUCGAUCAUUGGAUGGUUGGUAUGGAAAAUGAUUCAACGGGAGAUGAGGCGAACAACUGGAAAAUGCAGAUCAAGACGUCUGGAACUCCCAUUCUUUCUUGCUUUGAGUAA